AUGUCUCACCAAUUUGUCUUCCAACUGCUGCCUCUUUGCCUGUUUCUAUUUGGACACUACUGCUUACCGGCUGACGACUGUGAAUGGUCUACAUGGACAGAUUUGGACAUGGAUAACAUGCUACACCGUAUAAAGGAUUGCGGCAACGGAAGUUUUCAAAUAGAAAGUCUACAUUGCAAAAAGAGAUUCUAUGAUAUACCUGAUGUUGCAGAGCAUGAAAGACAAAAAAAUUUACCAAUUGUAAUAUAUAGGUGUCCAAAGACUGCAACCACCCCUGGUAUCUACCAUUCAUAUGAACCAAAAAUUGAUUUAGCGUCAGAGGUUCCAAUUGAAACUAGAGAUACAGCAGAAAUUCCCAUUGUAAUCAGUGGCACAGAAAUUUCAACUUGCGACAAAAAUCCAAAACUGAACCAAACAAAACUGACUGAAAUGUUAAAAAACAUCAUCAUUGGAGCCCUUUCAUUUGCCCUUAUUGGGGUAUCCACGAUGUUGUGUAUUCAAUGUAAGAAAAGAACAUCGGUAAUUAAACGGGCCUCAUGUUCCUAUGAUGCACUGAGUGAGAUGGAGUUUCGUUCCCGGCAACGUAAAGAACGUGUAAGAAGUACAACAUCUUCUGGGUAUGCAAUACCGAAAAUAAGGUCAAUAAUCUCAUCUGAUGAUUCGAGAGACAAUAGGUUGACAAAAUGCAACUACAUGAAUACAUCAUUUAUGACAGAAAGGCAGUAUCCGUCGUUCAUCGAUGACGAACAGUUGGAUGAAAACUCUGCAGUGGUGCAAAAUGCAAACAUGCAGGUAAUUUUCGAGAAAAUGGCAAAUGGCCACCAAGGAAACACCGGAUUCAUGGAUUCCACUCCUACGUCACAUUCUUACAUUGACGUGGUCAAAGAAGGAGGGAGAGGUAUGCUCUGA